AUCAAAAGCAUAGGCUCAUGAAUUUAGAUAAAAAGUUAAACUAGUUUUUGUUGUGAAGUCAGCAUGGAAAUAGUGUGGAAAUAUAUAAGUCUAGUUGUUAUAUAUUCUGCUACUAUGCAUCAUGUUUGCACUGAAAAUUCCUCACAUCUGGAUCGUUUCGCCUUUUAUCCUGAAAUUGUUAUUAUGGGUACUGGCAACAACAUUUUACAAGACGCAAGUGUAGAAAGCUGUGUUGCUGAGUGUCUACAACAAGAAGCAUUUAAUUGUCGAUCAUUUGUCUACAUCCCAAUAUAUUCAUUUUGCUUUCUUAACGAGGGAUACUCAGCCUCAAUGCUAGUUUCUAUGUCCAACGGUGUAUAUUUAUACGAAAGGAUUGACAUAGAACCUGUGUCUUUAUUUGAGCUCGUGCCAAACUCUGCGUUGCCUGAUCAGAACGUGAGAGAAUAUAAUAACGCUUUAAUACAGAGAUGCGCAAAACUUUGUCUGGAUUCAGCCUCAUUCUACUGUGUCUCUUUUGAAUUUCAACGUUUUACUUUUCAAUGUUGGUUAAGCAGUGUCUACCGUAAAACAGCAAAUCCCCCUCUUAAAAGUGAUUACGUAAACAACCCUUAUGACUACUACGAACUGAAAACAAUAGCUUCUGCCUCUACUACUGAUGAUAAUCUUAGAUCAACGCAGGUGAUGACUCAAGGUACGGCUUCUAUUACUGAUGAUAAUCUUAGAUCAACGCAGGUGAUGACUCAAGGUACGGCUUCUAUUACUGAUGAUAAUCUUAGAUCAACGCAGGUGAUGACUCAAGAUACUGUUUCUAUAACUGAUGAUAAUCUUAGAUCAUCGCAGGUGAUGACUCAAGUGUCCGAAUUAAAGUUUACAGUUGGUAUAACUUUCGUGGUAGAAUCACCGGAAGUAUUCGAGGUUCCUCUGACAUCUGACCCGAAUAGCGUCACAUUCUCGACAUCAGUUGUUGAUCCACUGGAAGAAGACGGACCAUUCAAAGUGGUUGCAAGUGUAAAGUUUGACUAUGAUGAUCAACUGGAAACUGUCAAUUGGAACAAGUUGCCGAGAGUGUCCGAAGUCGUGACCAUUAAUAUAUAUGACAGGAAUCAGAAUGAAAUAAGUAUCGGUUGUAAGAUCCACUUCCCAAUUAUUAAGGACGUAACUGCAGAAAAUACUUCGAAUGCGAAUCGCAUCCCAGCAUGUCACUACAAACAAGAUAUAAAUGACACGUCAGCAUUGUGGUCAUCGAAUGGUUGUGUGACAGAUUAUGCCAUCGACUAUAUGGUUAGCGGAGUGACGUGCAUAUGUACUCACCUGACGUCGUUUGUCAUUCUGAUGAAACCCAAUCAGAUAAAUAACGGGACUUUGUCCGUGCUUACGACCGUUGGAGUUUCAAUUUCGAAUGUUUUUCUUAUCACUACCCUCGUUACCAUUUGUGGUUUGAAAGGCUUGAGGAACUUAGGCCGGUACAAAAUCUUGCGUCAUUUGGUCAUCGCCUUACUCUGUGUCAAUUUCUUCUUUUUGCUCCUGGAAGCUGAUGUGAAGAAUACGAUCGCAUGCGGUUUUCUGGCUGGAUGCUUACAUUACAGUCUUUUGGUAGCUUUCUCUUGGAUGUUGAUAAUGUCAACAGAUGUAUACAUGAAGAUCAAACAUCCGUUUGCUGAUCAUGAGAGGCGCUUCUUGUACAGUCGAUACAUUGGUUGGAUUGGACCUUUCACUAUCGUUGGGACAACUGUUGGUAUAACACGAGGAAACUACGCAUCUAAUGAAUGCUGGUUGGAGUCUAGAUCUGGUGCCAUAUGGGCGUUCGUUUCUCCCUUGUGCCUCACCAUUCUGAUUGUCCUCGUAGAGUUAAUGGUUGUUGGUUAUAUAGCUUUCAAGAAAUCUCAACUACCGAACCAAACUGGACGAGAAAUAGAAAAUCUCAAACGAAUCAGAACUAUGUUUAUUGGUAUACUGCUCCUUACACCAGCAGUUGGAAUUUCGUGGAUUUUCGGUGUCAUCAUUGUCUUUUGUGAUUGGGAAGUGUUGAAGUACAUAUAUGUUAUCUUCAACUCCAUGCAAGGAUUCUUUAUCUGGCUGUCACAGUGCGCCUUCAGUAAAGAGGUACGAGAGGCACUGAUAAAGAAGUUCAGCCAUCGAAUAAGUCAAGAUAGUACCACCAUGGAGCUUCGUGACAGCACCCAGUAGUGUUAUGUCAAGCGCAGCAUUUUUGAUGACAACACAAUGAUGGAGAUUCCAAGACUCAAGUUUAUUAUAUUGCAGUGUUUACUCAUGUAAUUUACAUAAUAAGCAAAAUGGAUACUUGUUAAAUCUAGUGAUUGUGUGCAAUAUGAAGUUUACAAUAUAUUAUGUAUGUUUAUAGCGAAGUACUGUAUAUAUAUUUAGCCGUCUAACGUAACACUUAUACUGUACUUUAACUUAAACUGAUAUAUUUAGUACCGGUAGCAUCUUCUAGGUAU